CAAAUGAAAACUUCCGGUAAAAUGACUUAAUGUAGUUUUAUUACUGAAGAGCAUUUUUAACAAAAUAAACUUUACAAGACGGAAACUUAAAGGGGCGUUUUCACACGAUUUCUGAAAAUAAAACAUAAUACAACAAACAAAUGCAGAUAUUUGAUUGAUAAAUCGUAUUUUCUAUUUGCUUUUUCACGCUUUAAGUAAAAUCCACAAAAUGGUAAUUAUAUGUUAUUAUAAGUUAGCAUUAAGUUAUAUCAUUUAUGAAUUUUAUAUCUAUUAACUCUAUGAAUGACUACUAUUACUAUGGCACUCACUAUGUCUACUAAUACUAUAAAAAAUAUUAUAUCAUUUAUUAAUUUAUAUUUAUGUCAUGUACAAUUCAAAUUCAAUUACCACUAUUAACUAUUACUAUUAGUAGUAUAUUAGACUUCAUUACGAUAGUGAUUAUCGCUAGAUUUAGACCAUUAUUUUAAUUUUGAUAAUAAUUCUUUUAAAUUUUAAAUUAUUAAAAAUAUUUGAGUCUGAGUUUCAGACCUAGCCUCAUCCACCUGAUCUGAGUAAAUUAGUAAAUCCAAAUCCAAAUAAAAUGAGUUUAUUUAUCUAUAUAAACGUUGGUCUACUUGUAAUAUGUAAAAAAAAAAAGUGAAAUCAAAAGAGUUAAGACUCCAGUAAGAGGCCUAACUUUUAAUUUUUACUGUUUAAAAAUAAUUAGCACGGCACAGUACUGAUGUGUCCAAAUAUUAUUACUAAUUUACAGGCCAUAAUCAUAUGAAAAUAUUACAUAUAAACUUGAGUUUGAAAAUUUACUACGAAUAAUAAGUUUAUAUAUUCUAUGGCAAAAAAUUGAUUUGCUAGUAGUUGUGACUCCAAAGAAAAGCAAAGAAAAACUAUUUCUGUAAUUUCAUAAUUAUUUUAUUGACACAGUUGAUGAGUUAUGACAGUUAUGUCUUUUUCUUUUACCCCGCCUUUGCCAUAAGCUGUAUGCAUGAGUCUCUUUUCAUUUCGGUCCUGUGCUUUCCUUUUAUUUUCUUCCAGGUGUAUUCAUACUUUGUUGGUCUGCCUUGAACUCACAUCUCAAUUUGUUCUUUUGCCUUCAUCCCUCAUCCUUGAAUGACAUAACUCUAUUUUUACAGAUAUUUUUACAACCCAUUGCCAAUAGUCACAAAUUUAGACACCUUCAUAAUAGAUCUUCACAAAUUUGUGCCCCUCUCUACAAAGGGGUGUCAAACUCAAUCGCUCGGCGGGCCAAACUCAAAUCACAUGUAAGAUUGCGGGCCAAACAGGAUAAACAUUAAAUGAGCGCAAAAUUAACCUUUUUUAAAAACAAUUUAUAUAAAUGAAAACAGAAAAAAGUUUUAAUAAUUAAAAAUCAUUGGCAUGUCCAUUUUCGUUCUUAUGCCAAUGUGUAGAGCUGGAUGUUUGGCAAAUUCUCUUGGCUACAAAAACAAGUAACUUCGUGUUUGUUGGGAGUAACGUUCUGUGUCAUUGAGAUUCUCAUGAUGGACUGCAAGUGUGCAUCAGUGAGACGACUCCUGUGUGAUGAUUUGUUAAUCUUCAUCACAGUUAAACCACUGCUGACACAGAUAUGUGCUACCAAACAUGCUCAAGGUCCGAGCCACAUGUAGACGAAGCUGGGGCAUCUCUACAGGAAUGAAAUGAGUGAACUGUGCAGGUCUCACAGUGUCCUACUUUGCCUUCAGUGUCCCAUUACACUUCAGCUUUAUUAGCUCCAUCUGCAAAUUUACAGUUGCAAUUUCCACAAAUGGGUUAUGAAACAGCUUGAAAUUACAUUUCUGUGCUUCAUAAUCACUAUAGUGCUGUGUGAUCUCGGUGCGAAGUAAGCUAAGGUUUUUAGCAAAGUGUGCAUUGGGAAACGCCAUAGCAUUGACUAGGAUAUAAUUGUACGCCGGUCAAGACCUCGCAGGCCAGAUAUAGUUGUAAGGCGGGCCGGAUAUAAUUGUGUGGCGGGCUGGAUAUGGCCCACGAACCUUGAGUUUGACACAUGUGAUCUAAGCAAUACAAAAAAAAUAUAUAUUUUAUUUUUUUUUGCCUUUAUGUAAUAAAAUAGAAAAGUUUAUUUGAAUAAAUUAUAUUUAAUUUCUGUCCAAAUUAUAUCCCUGUUGCCUAGUGACUGGAAAAUAAAAAGUGGUGAGGGAGAGCAAAUAAUUUACCGGUAUAUAAGAUGAUCUGCAUGAUUUAAAAAAGUUGUCACUGUGUUAUCCUAACUUUACAAGGCAGCUUUAUAUAUAAAUACGAAGCCACCGAUGGACACCGUUUAAAGUUCCUAAUGUUAGAUAAGAUUGAUUAAUAAAUUAUGUUGACAUAAGUCAUAAACUUUUUUUUCAAAUAAUUUGUUGAAGUUUGUUUUAAUAUUGAUAAUAUACCUAUAAUGUGGGAAACACGUUUUGAGUUUUGAACAACUUAACUUCCGUUUCUAACAUUAGCAUACACAUUUUUAAUUUUAAUGAUCUGUUUUUCUUGAUUUGUAUUGUCUGCUGAAAACAAAAAGCAUCUAGCUGAAAUGUCCAUUUAACUUAUGGGGCAGUUGUGACAUCAGUGGAAUGCUUUAUAAUUAAGGUCGUGCAUUUAUUUUUGGUGGUGGUUUUGGGUUGGGGGGGGGUGUCAUCAAUUUUUUGACAACGUGCUAUGAGGGUGUGUACAUUUAGAGACCGAUUUGUGAUGAUGUGGAGUAGUUUGGGGGCAACAGAAUUUUUAUCCUGACACUUUGCAACUUACAUAAGUUGAAUUAUAUUAAAUGGGUGAUUAUAUUUUUGUAUAAUAGGUUGAAUUUAGGCCUGUUUCUUGUUAUGUAACUAGACCCAGAAAUUAAGAAAGAUGGUACUGUUUUAUCUUUGAAACUAUUACAUAUCUGACUGGAUGUGUCUAUAAUAUAAAAUUUCUUCUUCUCCAGAGAUUCAGAUUUUGUGGUGACUUAGACUGCCCUGAUUGGGUCUUGGCAGAAAUCAACAUACUCUCCAAGAUAGUGAGUUAAUAUUUUAAAAUAAACAUUUAAAAUUGUUCGCAACAAAAUAAUAUUUACAAGCAGAAUAUAAACAAAAUGGACAGCAUUCCUGUUAAAGUUAGUGUCUCACUCAUUUCACAAUUAUGCUAAUUUCAAUAUGUCACUCAUUUCACUUUAUCAUUUCCUCCCUAUACCACAUAUUCCACUAAAUGACUUGUUUCCAGUAUUGGUAACAGUAAAGUGGGGAACAAUUAAUUUUCAUUUGACAUUUUUCACAGUAAUAUUUUUUUAAAUUGAAAAGUUGCACCUUUUUUUUGGAAGGAAUGAUGUUUUAUUUUACGAAUGAAAUCUUUUGUAUCAAUUUUUUGCCCCCUGUGAUGUAAGUUAACAUAAGCCUGGAUAGGCCACCACUUUUCAGUACUUCAUUCAAGCAGACAAUAGUUUGUGCUAUACAAUUCAUGCUCUAGCUGCCCUGUAACGUAACACUUAUAAAAAUUAAAUGUCAAACAGUUUAAUUGCAUCUGUUAAAUCUUUGAAUUAAAAGACAUUAUUGAGCUACACAACCAUUAUUCCAGUAUAUAUAUUUAAAGUUUAAAAAAAAAUGUUAGCAAUACUUUAUUUCAAAUAUUUCCACAUAUUAAUUUGUAUCUCUGAUUGCAGACAUCUGUCAAGAUGAAACUUCUAGCAGUUCAGGUGUUGAAAGAUAUGCUAGGACAAGGCAUAGAUGUAAGACUGACCAAUAUUUUUAUGUGACGUUAACUAACCAAAUUGUUACCAAUACGUAAUGUAUGAAUGGUUCUGUGUGUGGGUUGUUACAUAUUUAUCUGGCUUAUCUGACAGAAAGUGUACACUUAUAAUAAGGAAAUGGUAUAAAUUAUCACUACCAUAAAAUGUAGGGUGACUUCAAAUACACAUUUAUUUAUGUUGUGUUUUAUUAUAAUAAUUUUUUUUUUAAUGCACACACCAGUAAUCAGAAUACUUUGCUUAUAAACAAAUCCUCUCCAUGACAAUGUGAACAUAUUUUUUUCAGUAUGACAAAGUUCAAAAAUUGACAUCCGAUGCCAAGUUUGGUAUGUUCAUUAUUCUAUGAUCCUUUCAGGAUAUGAUUUCCACCUAAUAUUGUUAGUCAUCAUCGGUAUUAUAAACUAUUUAAACUUAUAAUUGUUACAAAAAUUUGUUAAAAAAAAAAAAAACCUGAAGCAUUAAAAAUAAAUUGCUUUCUUAUAAAAUGUAUACUUUAAUUAAUUAAAGAAUUCAAUAUUUUAUUUUUAAAAUGAUAAAUGCUCCUUGAUUUUUCCCCACCAAAUUAUGAUGCAAAUUAAAAAAAAAGAAGAACAACAACUGUUAACACCAGUUCAUGUGAUUGUUUCAUUCCACGACCAGAAAUUGGGGACAUAAAAGCAUCGGUUGCUGCACUGUCAUUUAUCCUGGCCAGUGCUGCCAAGUACGAUGUGGACUCUGACACUCUGGCCAAUGAGCUACAGCAGCUUGGUCUACCCAAAGGUAAUUCUGUAGUUCUUGUGAGAAAAUGAACCUUUCAUCAUUCACUCCCUUUCAAAUAAUUCUAAACUACUGAAUUAAUAGCUAUUUUGCUUUUUAUCGGUAGCAGAAAACCCUUUAGGAAAAUAGCUGCCAUCUUAGCUACAUAAAAUUUGUACAGAUAAAUUUUUUAAAAUUUAAGUCCUAAGGCCUGUUUGUAAAUUCCCUGAGGGAAUUUCUUGUUAGAAGUCUUAACUAAAACUUUUAUGUAAAUCAAUUCAUGAUGUGUGUGUGUGUGCGUUAAAAGUCCUAAAUUAUUCUUGUCUUUUGCCUAGAGCACACAACCUCACUGUGCAAGUCAUACUCAGAUGCCCAAGGUAAUCUCCAAGAGCACUUUAGGCACACCAGCCUUAGAGGUAAGAAUGAGGAAUUUACUACAUUAAAAUUGUAAACUCAGACAAACAUUCCCAUGUGUAGAGAAGGCUACGGUACUCAAUUUAUAGGAAAACUGUGUCAUACUGAAUGAACAAAACAAGGGAGGGAACAUUAUGUUUAUAAUAUAUACUUUGUGGGGAAAUUAAUUAUCAAAUUAGGCAUCAUUGCUUUCACAUCAGAUGGAGAUGGUAAAGUGUCAAUACACAAUUUACCACAGCAUUAAUCAAAUUUAAUCAGCAGCUAAUUAUUAUAUGGGAGAUAGGGCAUUUUAAUGAGCAAAUUAUUGUAUGGGUGAUAGAGUACCAAAAUUACAUAGAGAAUUAAAUUAGUUCAUUAUUGUAUGUGCAACAGAGCACUUUAAUUAGUUGUGCAUUGUAUGGGAGAUAGAACACUUAAUUAGUUAUUUAUUUAUUGUAUGGAAGAUGGAGCACUUUAAUUAGUUAUUUAUUUUAUGGGCAAUAGAGCACUUUAAUUAGCAAUUUAUUGUAUGUGAGAUGGAGCACUAUUCAUCUAGUUAUAAAACUUAAUUAUUAAAAACCAUUCAGGGCAAUUGAUACAAGCUUAAAAUUAAAUCUAAGAACCAUAUUUACAUAUCCACAGUAUCCAAUUUAGAUUCUGUCCAGUGGAGAGUGGAUUAUGUCCUUAGUUCCAGCGAGCUUCAGGUUAGUUUAACUUAUAAUUUAAAAAACAUAAAUUUUUGUAGUGUAAUUAAGAGUUAUCUGUCAUUGCCAGUUCUUAGAAUGGGUCAAACCUCGAGGUCAGGAAUACAAACCCAUAACAUUUCCAAUAGUAAUGUUGUAGAAUUGAUGACAUGUGAGAUAGAGAUUUGCGUGCGUACAUGUUUCAUAAAUAACGUAAAUGUUUCUAUAUUUUAAACAAUAAUUUCACACUCAAAUUUCUCUUGUGAUUAAAAUUUCAUAAAUCUGGUAGCUGAAAAUUUUUUUUAUAUUUUUUUAUCAAUGGAUGAAUUGAUGACUGACUAGAUCAUAGCAGAAAGGUCAUUCCCCUUACAUGUCUUUUUACAUUUCAGGAAGUGAAUGAACCAAGCGUGCAGCUUAAAUUAGAUAUCAGACCAGGAGACACCAGAGCAGCAGAGCCCGUAGCCUUCACUCUCACCGCAGACAAGUUUAGAAUUUUAUUGCAUGGUGAGUAGGUCGGCAGCUAGCAGAUAUUUGUGCGUGAUCAUCAUUCAGGAAAGACAGUGUUGUCCUUUCAGACCGACACUGCUGCGCUGCAUGUUAAGAAAUUUGUUGGAAAGUGGGGUGAAACCUAGUCAGUCAUUCAUCCUAGCCACUAGGUGCAACACACAGUCCUUCAUCCUAGCCACUAGGUGCAACACACAGUCCUUCAUCCUAGCCACUAGGUGCAACACACAGUCCUGCAUCCUAGCCACUAGGUGCAACACACAGUCCUGCAUCCUAGCCACUAGGUGCAACACACAGUCCUUCAUCCAACCACUAGGUGCAACACACAGUCCUUCAUCCUAGCCACUAGGUGCAACACACAAUCCUUCAUCCUAGCCAGUAGGUGCAACACAGUCCUUCAUCCUAGCCACUAGGUGCAACACACAGUCCUUCUCGAAUUGGGGCUGUCAACCCCUUGUGGUGUAUUAAGGUCAUUGCUUAUAUUCAGUUCAACCUGAUAAGUUGUUCAGCCACCCUCUGUGUCCGGCUGAGGGAACAUCCCCAAAACUGAAUCUCUUGUAAUGCCAGAGGUGGGACAUCAAGUUUUUAUGGUCCAUACAUGCCUGGCCCUGGUUAAGAGCCAGCUGUUUGCAACAUGUCUAGUGUUUCUGUCGACCACUUUAUUUAAGAUGAGAUUAGUAAAAAGAUGGCUUAAAAUAAUGCAUCUUUUCUUAAUUUGAUCAAGUAGGACAGAGAGCUAACUGUACAAUUAUCAUUCCAUCUAGAUUAUUGCAAUGCUGCUUGCCAAUCGUGGUAUCUAAAUACAAUCAACAUAAUUUAACCUUGUCAUUGUUUUUUUUCUCCUUCUUCAGAACUAAAGCAAGCACAGACAAUAAUGACAAAUUUAGAAAAAUAGCCGGUUUCUUUCAAUAUCCUGUACAUCUUUUUUUUUAGAAAUUACUUUUAAUAAUAAAAGAAUGUUUCUUAAUUCAUGAGUGAAAGUCAUGUUUUGCUAAUUAUUAUCUCGUACUUGUGUCUGCAUAUGUAAAUGGAAAAUAAAAAUGUUUGUCUCUCACAUACUAUUUAAGAAAUAUUUAGUGGAUUCAUUCAUGAUGAAGAAAGCUGAUUUU